UCAUAUCCCACAUUAUUAUUUUCUCUAAAACUUCUAAACACACAAACUUAGCUUUAUACAAUGGGGUUUAGUGUUAGAGAUAGCAACGAUGUUAAACUUAGCCUUGCGGGCCGGGCCUGGUGUUGGGCUCGUCAGUUGCCGGAGAAGCUAGUCGCCAAGGUGGUUGGGGUCGCGACAAUGGCUAAUAAGUUGGCUAGGGAUGAUCCAAGAAGGGUUGUACAUUCCUUCAAAGUUGGACUAGCCAUAACUUUGGUGUCUUUGUUUUACUAUUUUCAACCCCUCUAUAAAAGUUUUGGUGUUUCUGCUAUGUGGGCUGUUAUGACUGUGGUUGUUGUAUUUGAGUUCACUGUUGGGGCAACAUUAGGAAAAGGGUUUAAUCGAGCAAUGGCGACUUUAAUAGCCGGUGGAUUAGGAGUUGGUGCACAUCAUUUGGCUAAUCUUUGUGGCAAGAUUGGUGAACCUGUCCUUAUUGGAUUAUUUGUAUACAUUUUUGCUGCAGCAUCAACAUUCAUGAGAUUUUUCCCAAAAAUAAAAGCGCGAUAUGACUAUGGAUUCUUGAUUUUCAUAUUGACGUUCAGUUUUAUAUCCAUAUCCGGGUAUCGAGCAGAUGAAAUAUUGGAAUUAGCACACAAGAGAUUGACAACUAUCGCGAUAGGUGGAUCCGUUAGCUUGCUUAUAAAUUCACUCAUUUUUCCGGUUUGGGCCGGUGAAGAAUUGCAUAAUUCAAUUGCUCUUAAUAUGGAAAAACUCGGUCUUUUCUUAGAAGGAUUCGGAGCUAAAUACUUGAAAACAACCGAAGAUGAAACUAAUAAUUCAAAGGAUGGGAAUAAUAAAUCAUCUUUUCAAGGAUAUAAAAGUGUUUUAAAUUCCAAAAAUGUGGAGGAGAACAUGGCAAAUUUCGCCAGAUGGGAGCCGGGACAUGGGAAGUUCAGAUACCAUCAUCCAUGGAAUCAAUACAUUAAGUUAGGAGGUCUAAUCCGACAAUGUGCCUAUAGGAUCGAUGCUCUUAACGCUUUCUGCAAGCCCGACAUACAGAAACCACAAAAAUUCCAAGAAGAAAUAAGAGAAGCAUGCACAAAAAUAAGCUUAGAAUCAAGCAAAACCCUAAAAAAACUCGGAUCCUGCAUUCGGGCAACAACAUACCCGUCUUCUUCCGUCAACGCCCACAUCGUAAGCUCAAAAGCCGCCGUCAAAAGCCUCACGUGUUUCCUCACAUCAUCAUCAUCAAUAUACACGACUCAAAACUCAGACGAACUAUUACAAAUCAUACCAAUCGCGACUAUUGCUUCUCUCCUUAUCGAUAUCGUCGAUUGUACGGAGAAAAUUGCAGAAUGUACUUAUGAUCUUGCAAUCCUAGCACAUUUUGAGAAGGUCAACCCAAAACCAGAAAAUAAUAAUCAAGUUUCUGAUAUUGUUGAUAAUCAAUGUCCUGAAAUUGUGAUUACUAUUGCUGAAUUAGCGUUAAUUACGUCGGUUAAUCCGGUUGAUGAUGGGAAUUUUACGGUGGGUAAUUCAGAUAGUCAGCAUAGUUCAGAUGAUUAGUAUAUAACACGAGUAAUUAAUAAUACUUCGUACUACAGAUGUGUAGGAGGGUAACGUAGUGUAAAUGGAUAACAAAUUCGUUCAUUAAUUAAUUGUUGGCUUAAUUAAUGAGAUAAUAUUCAACUAAUUGAUUGAGAUCAUUAUGUUUGAUGUAAUGAUCUUAGUGGGAUGUAAUUUUGAUUCUUUAAUUAAUUUAGAGAAGCUUUUUCUAGCCAAUGAUGCCUUAAUUUUGUAUUCGUAUGGUUAAGACUGAGGUCUGAUGAUGAUCCUGAUGUAUUAGAAUUUAGGUUCUCGAAUAUUUCCCUCGUCGGCGGUUAUAUGUAUAGAUAUGUUUUAGUCCAAUUGUUUUCAAUUAAUAUCGUAUAUAUA